CGGCCGCGAGCUUUAUCGUGCAGCACAAAUGCAACACAGCUGGGGGAUAUGGGAAAAGAGACAUCCUCGCCACCCCUCGCUUUUAUCUACUGACUAUGAUGUCUCUGGGUCUCUCAUUACUUACGAGCGGCCUCGAAGUUUCGCGAGUGGUGCUUUCGUGGUUUUCCUUUCCCAUAGCCCGCCUGGUGGGGCCUGCGACGCAUGAAGCAGCAAGAAGAUGAGAAGGCAAAACAGCCCUACAACGAGCUCCUGCACAACUGGAAGGAUGAUUUACCUGGGUUACUCCGAUUGUACGGCCUUAUUGGCGGUAAAAGUACUACCAAAAACAGUCGCAUCAUUGACCUUCUUGACGUGGACAUCGAGGGAGCGGAGUAUUACCUCUUUGCCAACGACGAUUGGAGUGUUGUGCAAAAGAAUUUCGAGAAAAUCCUGAACAAGCACGUAAAAAGAGUCCACAUCGGCACGCACCUCCACUACGCCUGGAAGAUGCAAUUCGAGUGGCUCAACCUCUUCCCCAUCACGAAGGACUUCUACCACGGGGACAGCGACCAGAUGGUGUCCAAUUUUGUCUUAACGCGGAACGGACUGCAGAACGCGGUGAAGGGAAUGGACCUCUCCGUGGAUCGCAGUCGGUGCAACGCCGAUGUAGUCUCCGAGAGCGAAUUUAUCGCCGCGGGGUUCUCGUUGGACAAAAUCCGGCGGAGCGCUAGCGUGGCAGCGGAACAGAAGGUGCGCCGGGAAAUGGAGGAGGCCGGCAUUCGCACCACUGAUGCGGUGGAGAUGAAAAAUACAACAUCAGAAACACCGCUUGAACAAGGAGGAAGUUCGAUUGCAGUCGUGGAUCAUUCCUGUAGCACUGUCGGUGCAACCGGUGUAGCAAAUACGUCGAUGGCACUACAACUGUCUGGAAACGUAGCGGAGCGUGCCUUUCUUGUUGCAAAAACAGAAUGUGCAGCGCUUUCAACGUCUACCUCCACUACGACGACAACGCCCUGCCUCAUCGAUGCCUACCCGUAUUCCCUCGUGGAACACAUGGAGGCCUGGAACGCGACACAGGAAGUGCUAGUGAAAAACUUUCUGCACUUUGGCUGGGAGCCGGUGCUCAACUUCCCGUGGAAUGCGAAAGUACAGGCGCAAAGAUUCGGCAAUGUGUACUUCAACAAUGGGAUUGCGGCUUUUGUAAAUCCGAGAUUGCGCGGGAAAUGAAUUGGUGAGGUGGCUUGUCGAGGGUUUGUGAUUUGGAGGUGCGGUUUUACCGUGCGGCAGAAAACUGUCUUGUGCAGAUAAGAUGACUACAAAACGUUCGCAUCUUGACGGCUUACUUUUUGUUUCGAAAAUACGUGUCAGGAAGUACUAGCAUUUGAUUCUGGCGGCAUCCACGAAAGCAAAACUCAGCUGCAGCCGCUUUUGAAUAGAAAUGUUAUUUGCCCGCAGUUGGAAAAGAGAAACAUCGGUCUAGUGCACGCAUAAAAGGCUUGUGCGAGAGAAGACACGACUACAGAGAUCAAAAUGCAAAAAG